UAUGGCGGAUCCCGAGUACACUGUGCGGUUUCCGGAACCUGAUGCGAAAAUAUCUGAUGAUGAGGAUAUCGUGGCGAGCUUGAGCGAGCAAAGCUAAUUAAUAUUAUUUUAAACAACCGCAAGUAAUUUUCCUUACACUCCUGCGUGUCUCGUCAAGAGUUUUCUCGCGGACGUUCUCCCUCUCCCUCUCUCUCUCUCUCUCUUGUACAACCUGUACAUACCUCGCGAGUGAGACAGAGAGGAGAUGUAAUGUGGCACGACAACGUGAUGGCAUCGUCUCGACGGAGCGAGUCCACAAGUGCCGCUGUUACGAAUCACGCUGCUACAUCGUCGCUUUGACAAUCAGCUGAUGUGCGAUGUCCCGAUGCAUUCUACCAGGAUGGACCGAGAGAUGCUUAAAUUGUCGAAUCUAUCGCAAUGGUUGAUAAGAAUCGCCCGCACGAUUUAAUCUCGCGAAUUUGAAGCGAUUUUACAAGAAGACUCUCCCUUUCGCGGAUGAUACGAAUACAGCUUGUAAUGAUAAGAAUAAAUCAACCCAUAUAUUUUCUUAAUAUCAAGUGCGACAUGAUGCAUGUCUUAGAAAGCUAGUAGGACAAAGCAUCUGCAAAAUUAUAAGCAGGAAUCUUCUAUGUGCUAAUUAUUGAAUGAUAAAAGAAAUACGAAAAUGAAUAGAGUAGAAAGUGCAGAUGCCGGCAAGGGCUGGCGGGAAUGCGCCAGCUGGUUGACAAGAUGCGGUGCAUUACGAGCGGAUCACAAGGCCAAUUGGCCACAGGCAACAGCGUUUGACUUGGCCUACACAUUGCGAGAUGGUGUAUUGCUUUGCAAUUUACUGAACAUAGUGGACUCGGCUUGUAUAGACAUGAAAGAUGUGAAUCAGAAGCCACAAAUGGCACAGUUUUUGUGCUUGCGUAACAUAAAAGUAUUCCUAUCAGCAUGCUCGAGCGUCUUCGGUCUCACUGAUCCGGAACUCUUUGAGCCAUCUAUGCUGUUCGACUUAUCUAAUUUCCAUCGUGUCCUCUGCACGCUUUCCGCCUUAUCCAACUGUCCACGAUUCAGGCGAAAGGGUAUACUCGGAUUUUCUGUUGGUCAUGGAAGAUCUCAAGAAGACAUUUAUAAGGAUUUGCAAAGUGCUGGCGUAGGCCGCGAGGAUGAGGGUCGCCGCAGAAGGUUUAGAAGACGCGAGGGUGACGAAACGGUCGGCGGGGGGGAUAACGAAGACCCGGUCGGCGAGGAGGACGGGUACGGAGCUUUUUGCAGUCACGCGCAAAGCGAAGAAAUCUACCAGGAUCUUUGUAGUCUGCACUUACCACCUCCUCCGUCCGUUACUCAGGAUGGUGCCAUUUCCGGAGGUGAGAAGAGAGAUUAUGUGAUCCAGGAACUUGUGGAGACUGAGCGAAAUUAUACAGAGGUUCUCAGUAGUUUACUCAGGCAUUUUGCGCGUCCGCUAUCAUCGUUACUUCGGCCCGAGGAUUCUACGCGCAUCUUCUUCGGCAUCAAGGAACUCGCAGAGAUCCACGUGGGCUUCCACAGUCAGCUGCGCAAAGCGCGAAACGGCGCCGCGCUUGCCCAAGUUUUUCUGGACUGGCGGGAGAAGUUUCUCAUUUACGGCGACUACUGCGCGAAUCUUACUCUUGCACAAAAUACUCUGCAGGAAAUUUGCGCGCGUAACGAAGUAAUCAAUCAAGAAGUUAUCAGAUGUCAACAAGAAGCUAACAAUGGUAAAUUCAAGUUGCGUGAUAUACUAUCUGUACCGAUGCAGAGGGUACUCAAGUAUCACUUAUUGUUGGACAAGUUAGUGGAAGAAACCCCGCGUGAAUGGGUUGAAGAUUGUCGUGCCUUGACGAAGGCAAGGGAAGUAAUGGUCGAUGUCGCUCAGUAUAUAAACGAGGUAAAACGCGAUUCCGAUACACUGGACAUCAUAAAGGAUAUUCAAGCAUCGAUAAUUGAUUGGGAUGUGCCCGAAGAUGCGCAGUUGAAGGAUUUCGGUCGAUUACUUCGUGACGGAGAACUAAAGGUGAAGGCUCACGGUGACCAGCGGAUAAAGGCUCGUUACGCAUUUGUAUUCGAGCAAGUAGUAUUGAUUUGUAAAGCGGGCAGAGGAGACCAAUAUUGUUACCGGGAAACUCUACGAUUAGACGAUUAUAGAUUGGAGGAUCACAUAGGACGAAGAACGUUAGGUAGAGAUUCGCGUUGGUCCUAUCAGUGGUUACUUGUACAUAAGCAAGCGUACACGGCAUACACAUUAUACGCAAGAACGGAGGAGCAGAAGCAGAUGUGGAUAAAGGCACUGCAAGAUGCGAUGGACAAUGUCAAUCCUGCAGCUUGUCGCAAUACCAAUCACAAGUUCAAGUUGACAACGUUCGAUGCUCCUAGGAGCUGUCAACGGUGCGGAAAAUUUCUCAAGGGCCGCAUAUUCCAGGGUUACAAAUGUGAGAUAUGUCGCCUAGCCGUACACAAGCAAUGCAUCGCACAUUCAGGUCGUUGCGUGCCCACGGCACCGCUGUUGACACCAUCUCCGCCAUUACCUUGUGAACGCGCUCUUGCUGUGAAGUUAUGGUUCGUCGGGGAGAUGGGUAGAGAUGCGGCAUCCAACAAACUAGAAUCUCGCGAAGAUGGCACAUACAUGUUGCGUGUCCGUCCAGCUGGACAAUCACGUCUCAAGCACGAAACCAAUUACGCGCUCAGUAUCAAAGCGGAAGGGACGGUGAAACAUAUUCGAGUGUUCAAACGUGAUGUGGAUGGUGCGGAUCUCUAUUAUCUCAGCGAAUCCCGAUUCUUUAAGAGCGUCGUCGAGUUGGUCGAGUAUUACGAACGAGCAUCGCUAUCGGAAAACUUUGAAAAGCUGGACCAACGUCUACUAUGGCCGUAUCGGCGAGUCUUGGCUAAGGCACUAUUUGACUUUCGCGGCUGCGAACGCAAUCAAUUGAGCUUGCGACGCGGUUGCCGUGUUGUAGUCCUAAGCAAAGAAGGCGAUGCCAAAGGAUGGUGGAAAGGAAAAAUAGGUGAUCAAGUAGGAUUCUUUCCAAAAGAGUACGUAGAGGAAGAAUAGAAUUAUUAAAGUCUAAUUAUUUAGAUCAUUGCAUCUAUUGAAUUUUAAAUCUUCUGAUUGAUUUUUACAUAUUGUUUAAUAUCUGUAAUUUUUUAUAUUUGGAUUAAGAAUGAUCAAAUCCAGAUAAUCAAGUGAGAUUAAUCAUAUUGAAUCAAUCGAUGCAUAUGAAAACAUAACUGAAAUGCAAUAAUAUGAGUGCUUAUACAAGCAAUCGAUAAAUAAAAUCGAUAAAUAAAAUUUCGAAAGCAAAUGAUUAGUGAUAGCAUGUUAUAUUAUCAGCAACAUGACAACAAUAACACAAAUAUAAUGAUUCUCAUUCGUUGCACAUAUUUCAAACAAUGAAAUUUUUAAUUGUAGUUUACGAAAUAACGCUAAAAUAUUAGUAUUUAAUAUCUAAAAAUUGUUAUGUAUCGUAAAUAAUAAAUCGACGAUGUCAUCAUGAGUUAUCAAGUUGUUAUGUUGCUGUCAAAGCCCCCAGUAUAUGGAUUAAUAUGUUUGAUAUUACAAUACAAAUCAGUGUUAAUACUUUAUCAAUUUGUUCUCACAAUUAUAAUUUACGUGAAUUCUACAAACAAUGCUGUCGCAUCUUGUCUCUAGUUUUCAAAUUAGCUGCUUCGGCAAUUAUUAGCAAGCAAAGUCAUUUGACUAAUUGAAAAAUGAUUGAAAUGCUUAUUUAUACCUUUAUUAAUAUGGGUUAUUAAUAUGGGUUUUUCAUCUUUGUAUGAUUUUUAUAGUUUUUAAAUUGCCCUUUUUUAUCUAAACUUUAAAUUUUUAUUUUUAUAAAAUUUAUAAUAGAUGUUAAAAUAUUGAUAUUGACAUAUGUGUGAAAAGAAUAAAUAUUAUAAAAAGAUUAGCGCACACAUACAUACACACACACACACAUAUAACAUGAAAUUGAGAAGGCAUGUUUUUGAAUUUUAUUUCCAAUAACAAUUUUUUUUAUAUUCUGCACCAAAUCAUACAAAUGCUUCUUAUUCUGGAAAACAUAAUCAAAAAUUUUAUCUAUCAUAUAUAUCUUAUUUUUUCACAGCUCUGUAAAACAAUCAAUAUUUUAUACGCAAUGAUCUAAUCUAAUUAAUAUUCAUUAACCUCUGGAUGGUCAAUAAAUGCGAUACACCGUGGUAAUCACUUAUGGUGCAAUCAUGAUAAUUCUAUUAUACCUCAAUAGAAAAAAAUUAGAAAAACGAGUUUACUCGCGAAACAUUUUUGCAUUGUAUAAGUAAAAGAAAAAAUCUAAAUAAAACUAUAUUUCUCGUGCAUCGCACGCGCACACAACUUCGAUGUUACUUGUUCUCUUAGAUUUUACAAAGCCC